CUCAAAUCAAUAUUUUUAUCAAUUUUCCGUUCAUAUCAACACAAAUGCAAAACACAAUCUCCGGCAACCAUUCCACCACCAGAUGACGUCAUCCUCCACCGUCAUCACCAUCAUCUUUCUUCUAACACUCUCCCUGGUACACUCCGCAGACAGCCUUGGUGGGUCCGCCACCACCAUCUCCGUCAGCUACGGUUCCUCCAUCACUAUCUGCGGAAUAGUCGCUGGUCAACCAAGUCAACGGAUUCAAUGCUGGCGUGACGGUCAAGUAUUCAACGUAUUCUCAAACAUAUCAUUUGAGUCCAUCGCAGGUGGACGUGGUGUCUUUUGUGGCGUCCGGUCUGGCGGCUCAACCCUGGUUUGUUGGAACACAAUAAGUUUGCUCCCAAAACGUUUGUAUUACAAUGAAACAAUUACAUUAUCGAGUUUAGUUGUUGGUGAUACACAAAUAUGUGCACUUACUAAUUUAUCACACGUCUCAAAUGUUGAAUGUUGGAGAGACAGCAAUAUUAAUUUUAGUAAUUCUUUUAAUUCGAUUUCUUCGGGUUUCGGGUUUACUUGUGGUGUUGCGAGGAAUGAAUCAUAUGGAAUUAUAUGUUUUGGUACGGAUAUAGAACAGGCUAAAAAUAUCGAAAAUCAGUUUUUGAAUUUUAGUAUGUUAAAUAUAUUUGUAGGAAGUGGUCAUGCUUGUGGGGUGAAUACUAGUGGUUCUGUUAUAUGUAGAGGUGAUUCUAGAUAUAUUGAUGUGCCGGAUCAUUCGCCUUUCGAGUUUUCGGCAUUGGCGGUUGGUGAGAAUCAUACUUGUGCGUUACGAAAGGUGAAUGGUUCUGUAGUUUGUUGGGGUGGGGGAGGGAGGAUAAUGAGUGAUUACGUCGUUGGGGUUUCGUUUGAAUCGAUUGUGGCUGGAUUGGAUUUUACUUGUGGGUUGACUAGUAGCAAUCUUUCGGUUAUUUGUUGGGGAGAAGGGUGGGUUGGAAACGGGUCAAAUUUGUUAGGAUUCGGGCUUCCUUUGAGAAGGAUACUUCCUGGUCCUUGUGUUAGAAAGUUUUGUGAUUGUGGUAUAUAUGUGGAGUCUGAUACUCUUUGUUUUGGUAAUGGAAAUAUAUGUAAGCCGUGUGAUAUAUCUAGUUUGUCGCCCCCAUCGUUGAUGCCACCAAUGGCUGGAGGUGGUAACGAGUCAAGGAAUUCGUCGCCUUCCAGGCCUUUGAGAAGGGGGUUAUUGGCGUUUGUGAUAGUUGGAUCAGUUGGGGGAUUUGCGGGUAUUUGUACUAUUGUUUAUUGUAUGUGGAAUGGUGUUUGUUUUGGGAAUAAAAGGAUACAUAACUCUGUUCAGCCCACAAUUGCGGGUUCUACACACAAUGCUCAGUUUUCAAACAGUAGUCCUGUUUCCAGGUCGUCUACGAUCAGGCGACAAGCUUCAAGAGCUUUUAGACGACAAAGGAGUGGAACGUCUUCAAAACACGCUGAUAGGGAAGAGGAAUUCACUUUUGCUGAUCUAGCAUUAGCGACAAACAAUUUUUCUCAAGAGAAUAAGUUGGGUGCAGGGAGUUUCGGGGUUGUGUACAAAGGCAAAUUGUUGGAUGGUCGUGAAGUUGCGAUCAAAAGAGGUGAAACGAACCAAAAAACAAGGAAAUUUCAAGAGAAAGAAAGCGCAUUUGACUCAGAAUUGGCUUUCUUAUCCAGGCUCCAUCAUAAACACUUGGUUAGGCUUGUUGGGUAUUGUGAAGAAAGGGAAGAACGACUCUUGGUUUACGAGUACAUGAAAAACGGAGCGUUGUAUGAUCAUUUACAUGACACCAAAAACGUCGAUAAAGGCUGCAGCCUGUUAAACUCAUGGAAAAUGCGGCUCAAGAUUUCAUUAGAUGCUGCAAGAGGAAUCGAAUACCUACAUAACUAUGCAGUUCCUCCUAUUAUUCACAGAGACAUCAAAUCAUCAAACAUCUUACUAGACGCUAAUUGGGUUGCUCGUGUUUCUGAUUUUGGGUUAUCUUUACUGGGCCCCGAGUCUAAUUCAGAGCAAAGACCAACAAAGGCAGCCGGGACAGUAGGCUACAUUGAUCCAGAAUACUAUGGACUAAAUGUGGUCACAGCCAAAAGCGACGUCUAUGGUCUUGGUGUUGUCCUGCUAGAGCUUUUAACCGGAAAAAGAGCAAUAUUCAAAAGCGACAACGAUAACAGUGGUACACCAAUAAAUCUAGUAGACUUUGCGGUUCCAGCAAUUGUUUCUGGGGACCUGGCAAAGAUUUUGGAUAAAAGAGUCGGGCCACCAGAGGUGAAUGAGGCUGAAGCAGUGGAGCUGAUGGCAUACACCGCGAUACAUUGUGUGAACUUGGAAGGCAGAGAAAGACCAACGAUGACUGAUAUUGUGUCGAAUCUGGAACGCGCAGUCUCAAUUUGCGACGAUAGCCAUGGUAGCAUUUCAAGUGGUCAGAUUUCAAUCAUUUCAGAAUGAAUUUCAGAGAUUCUUUAAUUUUUCAUUUCGUAGAGUUGAUUUUUUACAACAUUUUGGGUGAUUUUCAUCUUGGUGUAUAUAUAUAUAUAUAUAUUCGUAAACAUUAAAGAUUUAGGAUUUUUUUUUUAUUU